CGUCCUGUCUCUCUCUUCUAUUCUUCAAUGCGCUCACCUCCAUCCCUCUCCGAUUUCCAGCCAAUCGCCGCCGAAGGGAGGUGUGGUUUUACAACAGUAGGAUGGACAGAGCUUGUUGGGGAGAUGAGAGAGGGAGAGGAGAGGAGAGCGCCUGUGAAAAGAGACGUUUCCAGAGCUUCUUGGAGAAGCAACGCCAGUCUUGACACUGAGUGAUGACCGUGGCGUAGAGAGACCCUGAAAGAGGAAAAAAAAAAAAAAAAAAAAAAAAAACGCGGACUAAAACACACAGGGGCAAGGAGGGGAGGAAGGUGCUCAGUCUGUAGAUACCUGCGCCUCAUUGGUCAGGCCGCAGGUGCGCUGCAGCCCCUCUAAAUGGAGUUAUUUUGGAUUAGAGGGAAGUAAGAAAAGAAGAUAUCCUCCUGGGAUUAUGUCACAUUUGGUGUUUUUGAGUCUCUUUGAAAGCAGACUUUCUCACUUCUUGCACCACAACAACGACUGAACUCCCUCUUUGACUAAUAAGCAUAAUUUCGGAGCUUUGUAAAUGCGCGAACUGCUCUGUCAGACCGUCUUCCAGCGAGGAUUACGCUGGACAUAAAUAUAGUGAGAAAGGAGAAUUCCUCUGAACUCCCAACUUGUGUGCUCCGACGCCACUCUUUAAACUGUUCCAGCUUUGUGCCUAUGAGGAGGACAAUGCCAGGAUUAAUGCAGCUUCCGUUCAACCUGCCCCGGAGAAGCGGGGAAGACUGAGAAGAGAAGAAAGAGAGGAAGAGGAGGAAGAGAGAAGUCGGUAGCGCUUGGCUGCCGUCCACUGCUUCGUUGGUGCUGUUGGUGUUCUCCCAUCUCUUUUUACUGGAUACGCAGACAAACAUAAAAAGACGCGAAGGGGAGGACUGCGUUCGCACCCUGGGACCAGCAGGAGGUGACUGUCAGAAGAAAUGCCGGUCCCCGGUGCCCUAGUACAUCACCACCGGGACCAUGGCGACUCCUUGGCCAGUGAGAAAAGAGAGGUGCUCCCAUGGCUGCACCAUCUUUGCUAGAUGGUCAAUAUCCUCUUUGAUGCUCCUAUGGUUACCUUGGGCGUUGCUAUGGUUGCCAUGGCCUACUCGAGCUGAACAAGUGGGCGGCGGAGGAAACAACGGGAAAACCCUCCACAGUUCCCUUUCAUCCCCCUCAUCCUCAUCAUCCUCCACGUCCCUUUCCAGCUCCUCAGCAUGGGGGUUCAACACGAGGCAGAGCGGGGGGCAGCUAGACUGGCUGCUGUCCGAGAAGGGACCUUUCCACAGAUGUCCAGAGUACACAGAGUUCAGAGAGAGGUUCCAACAGGGGUUUUCUACCAGAUACAAGAUUUACAGGGAGUUCAGCCACUGGAAGGUGAACAGCCUGGCUACAGAGAAGAGAGGUUUCCUCAAAGCUCCCUUACCCUUAGCACCAGAGUUCCUACGCAACCUGCGGUUACUGGGGCGACGACCAACCCUGCAGCAAAUCAACGAAAACCUCAUCAAGAAGUACGGGACCCACUUCCUAGUUUCUGCUACCCUGGGAGGAGAAGAGUCGUUGACCAUUUUCCUGGACAAACAGAAGCUCAAUAAGAAGUCUGAGGGCAACAGCAACAGCUCAGUGGUGUCUCUGGAGCUGCUCCAUCAGCUAGCGGCUUCCUACUUCACUGACCGAGAGAGCACCCUACGGCGACUCCACCACCUCCAGAUCGCAACCUCUGCCAUUAAGGUAACGGAAACAAGGACGGGCCCUCUCGGCUGCAGUAACUAUGACAGCUUGGACUCGGUUAGCUCAGUGUUGGUCCACAGCCCGGAAAAUAAGAUCCACCUAAAGGGUUUGCAAGACGUCCUACCAGAGUUCCUGCGUGGGCGCUUUGUGGAGGCAGCCCUCAGCUAUGUGGCCUGCAACUCGGAGGGCGAACUGCUUUGCCGUAAUAAUGACUGCUGGUGCCGAUGCUCAACCAGAUUCCCAGAGUGCAACUGUCCCUUUGCUGACAUCAAGGUCAUGGAGGAGAAUUUGGAGAAGAGCAAAGCAGCCUGGAACACUUUAAAUCAAGAAUUCAUGGAGUCAGAUGAAUUCAAAGCCUUCCUAAAGCGCUUGCCCGCUGACCGGUUUUUGAAUGUGUCAACAAUUGCCAAGUUCUGGUCUGCUGAUCUGUCCCUCCAAAAGCGCUACACCCAGCUUGAGUCCAGCACUGCACUGGUUUUGGGGAAAUCCCAGAAGAUCAUCAGGAAACUGUUCACACUGAGCAAACGCUGCCCCAAACAGCCUCACAUCAGUCUGCCCAGAGAAAGGCCUGUUGGGUUUUGGUUGAGCAGGGCUCAGUCUCUGCUCUACUGCAAUGAACAUGGAGUCCUGGGCUCCUUCUCUGAGGAGGUGAAGAGCUGUAGCUGCCCCGUGGAUCAGCCCACCUGCCAGGGAGUCAUCCCCUGUGUUGUGGGGACCUCUCCCACGUCCUGCUCCCUGUGUGCCACUGACAAUGCCACUCGCUGUGGAGCCUGUCACCAUGGCAACCUUCUCCAUCUUGGUUUCUGUCGCCCCAGCAUUGCUGCAUCCCUGGACCAUUAUUUGACCUUGGACCUGGACAUGCCCGAUGCUGAGGUAAAAUACUUGCUUCAGCGACUGGACAGCCGAAUAGAGGUCCAUGCCAUCUACAUCAGCAACGAUGUCCGCUUGGGAAGUUGGUUCAAUCCUGCCUGGAGAAAGAGGAUGCUACUGACGCUCAAGAGUAACAAAAAUAAAUCCAACCUUAUCCAUAUGCUGAUGGGAAUUUCAUUCCAGAUAUGCUUGACUAAAAAUUCAACUCUGGAGCCCGUCCCUGCAGUUUAUGUAAAUCCCUUUGGGGGUAGUCACUCAGAGAGCUGGUUCAUGCCAGUGACCCAGCCAGACUUUCCUGACUGGGAGAGAACUAAACUGGAUGCUGUUGCCACUGCACAGUGUUACAACUGGACUCUGUCUCUGGGCAGCAAGUGGAAAUCGUUCUUUGAAACCGUGCACAUCUACCUACGAAGCCGCAUAAUCACAGAUGAUCCAACCGUGAAUGAAACUCUCUUCUAUGAACCACUGGACUUGGAUGACCAGACUUCAAACAUGGGCUAUAUGAAGAUCAACACACUUAAAGUCUUUGGAUACAGCAUGCACUUUGACCCUGAAAGCAUCAAGGAUCUCAUUCUCCAACUGGACUACCCCUACACACAGGGUACACAAGACGCUGCCUUUCUGAUGUUGUUGGAGAUGAGAGACCGGAUUAAUCGGCUGUCUCCACCAGCACCACAGCCACUUGACCUGUUUUCCUGUCUGCUCCGCCAUCGUCUCAAGAUGUCAGCUGGAGAGGCGGCACGAAUCAAGGAGUCUCUGCAGAUGUUUAACUCCAAGCUUCCUAAUGCUUUUCCUGAACCUGAACUGGCCCAGCUGUGCAGCUAGCUAGCUGAGCACAAUAGCCAAGCUCAGGAGUCACACUACACAUAAAUUGGAGUUGCUGCUUCAGGGACAACCUUAUUGAGUUGGCCUCUGGGAUACAAAUAAUUUGGAUUAACUAAUCAACCAACUCUGAAGGCUGAAAGCUAGGCCUUUCUUGGUGUCAUUCUUGGCUGGUUUUCGAGUGUCACGGUUUUACUUCUGGAAAAGACAUUAUGUUACAGACUGUUGGAGGAAAAGAUCACUUUUGGACUCUUUGAGACGCUAUGUUGUACCAGUGUGGAGGCAUAGUUUUGCUAUUACUGCCAUGAUUUUGGCAAGCUAUGACUGGGCGAGGCUAUAAGACUCUCCGACACUAAAAUGUUUUUGUGAUUUGAAACUACAGAGACAAUGUCAUAAAGCCUAGCUAUCUUUGCAAGAUCUAUGCCUUGUAAAGAUAAAGGAGAUUUUAAUAUGUUAAGAGGAACUCUUAAGUGGUCUUCAAAAAUUAGUCAAAGGAAGAGGAUUUCCCCUUUUCUAACCCUAUUUUCUUUGGAUAUAGAAGAGUUGGGUGGGGGUUGAGGGGUGAAGGGGUGGAACGAUUAUGUAUGUGGUAAAUGAGUUAUGUUAUGCUUAACAGCUUAAAAUUUGAUAACCCUGAACCAUGUUAUUGUCUUUCAGCAUUUCUUUUUAAUCUUUAAUCCAUUUCUCUGGAAUUUGAAAACUUGUAAGUAUCUAUAAUUAACAUCCGAAUGAGACGCCUGUUAGUGAUGUUCUGUUCAUGGUGGUGUGUCUGUGCCAAAAGAAGGUAAACACAUUGGCAAACUGAGUUGCAAAAUAUUGCUCACAGUAUGUUAACUUUCUUUUACUUUUGACCUGAAAUGAUAAAGAACCAUUGGACAUGGUAACAAAAAAGGUCUGCGGACAUAGUGCUGUAAAUAACGCUCCAUCUAACCCCAGGUUGUGGACAAGUGCACAUUGCUUUCUAGAUAACUGAGUGCAAAGGCCAAAAAAAAAAAAAAAUGUUUAUAGCAAAAUAAACUCAUGCCUUAUAUGGAAAGUCAAUGUUAAGAAGCACAUUUAGUUUCUGUGUUUUGUUUCCCAGCGAAGAUCGUAUUGCUUUUUAUAUUCAAUAUUUCUACCAAGACAGAACAGCAGACACAUUCUCCAGAGUAUGUAGUAAUGUACCUUUUCCAUACCAAUGCCAGUCACAGUUCCUGCACUAACUUGUUUUCAUUUGGUGUUGUGAAAUUUUUUGAGUCACCAUUUACAGUGCCCACAAGUACUUGCACAAUGUAAUUGUUCUGCAAAAUUUCCAGUUAUACAAAAUCUCAAUAACUGAUAGAAAUUGUCAGAUUUUAUUUUGUUUUAUAAAGCUUUGCAAUAGUUUGGUUUAGUCUCAGGUACAUGACAAGUUUUGUUUGCUUUUUAAAAUUUUAUUUAUAUAUUUUCUUUAUGUGGGUCAAAGUUUAGCUGCCUUUUUAAAAGGUCACAAGGCUUAUGUAAGGCAGUGAUGGUCCUUUGGAGAGCUGCAGACGUACCAUGAUGAUACUUGAUUGAUGAUUUUACAUUUGCUUCACUAACUUCUCACUGGAAGUCAGUAAACCUUGUAUGUCAUUUUCAGCUGUUCUUCUGUGCUCAGCUUGCUUAAGUAAAAACAAAGUGGUUUAUCUA